AUGAAAGCUGCUGGAGAGCCUGAGCGACAGGAGGCGGCGGAUGAGGGGCUACCUCGAAUCGGGAUGGGAGGUCGAGAUCGGAUAUCCAAGGAUAAGGCACCGGCGAAGGCCAAAAGAGAUUGGAUACCCAGCUGGGUCUAUUUUAGGGUGGUGGGCCAUAUCUCACUCGGAGCAGCAGAAGAACAGGAAGACGAGGUUGAAGUCUUGACGCCAGCGAACAGAAUGCCCGAUUGGGGGUAUUUCCCUGUCACCGGCUGGUCAAGCGGAGUUGCGGGCGCCCUGUCGCUGCAGAGGCCGCCACGAGGCUUUCUGUUUCCAAACAUACCCGUUACCAAGAUCAACCCAGGCUGUUACGCACCACACACCCCAGUGAAUAUGGUCGAGGCUAUCGAUUCAGCUAAUUUGGAGAUCUGA